CCGCGAGUGAGAGAGGGGAGGGAGCAUCAGACACAGGGAAAGUAGAUGAGAAGGAGAAGGAAAGAGGGAAACUGAGGUAGUCAGAAGUAGAGAGGAGAGCAAAAGGAAAAAGGAGGACAGCUCAGCAAAUCAGCCCAAAAGCAUUCCUCUCACAGCUGCAGUGAUCCAGGCUGGGAGGGGAAGUUCAACUCACCAGGAGAAGAAAGCAAAAAAACAACAACAACAAAUUGCAUUUUUUUUUUCUCUCUGAGUAAAGAAAUCAGAAGAAUCCCUUGAGAAGGAAGGGAACAAGUAGAAAGAGGAAUCAGAGAGCUUCUACAGCCUCCGAGUGUCCUGCAGGGGAAAAUGGAUUCAGACUCCGGAGAGCAGAGUGACGGAGACCUGUCUCCAGGACAGGAGAGCUUUAACUCCCGCUCCCUGGCCCUGCAGGCCCAGAAGAAGAUCCUGAGCAAGAUGGCGACCAUGGUGGUGGCCAACAUGCUGACGGACGACACCAGCAGCGAGAUCUUGGACGAGCUCUACAAGACGAGCCGGGAGUUCACCAAGAGCAAGAAGGAGGCCCACAAGAUCAUCAAGGACGUCAUCAAGAUCGCCCUGAAGAUCGGCAUCUUGUACCGCAACCACCAGUUCAGCCCCGACGAGCUCGACACGGUGGAGCGCUUCAAGAAGAAGAUGAACCAGGCGGCCAUGACGGCGGUGUCGUUCUACGAAGUGGAGUACACCUUUGACAGGAAUAUUCUGUCAGAGCUCCUGCUGGAGUGCAGGGACAUGCUUCACAACCUGGUCGAGCAGCACCUGACGGCUCGCUCGCACGCACGCAUCGACCACGUUUUCAACCAUUUUGCCCACGGGGAGUUCCUGGCCGAGCUGUACGGGGACAGAGAGGAGUACAGACUCUCCCUGAGGAAGAUCUGCAAUGGCAUCAACAAACUGCUGGACGAAGGAACGCUUUAACCUUACACACCAGACCUCCUUCACCUCUAGCUUUUUUCUCCUCUUUCUCCUGCUGGUCUCUCCUGCUUCCUUCUAUUUCCUUUUCACUUGCUCACAUCCUCCUCCUUCUUUUCGCUCUCGUCUUCCUGUUUCUUCUUCACGCAUUUCCAUGAAGCUGGCUGUAACAUCCUGCUGCUUUGGUUCAUUUGAGAGGAGUUUUUUUUUUAGACUGUCUUUCCCCUCAACGGAUCAUUGCUGCACACUGGGACAGCCUGUAUCAUGUUGUAUGCAUUAUAGCAUUACCAGUCACCCUCUUUGUGUGCAAAAGUGUACUGUACCAAUGGCCAAAAAACAUACAUUAGGUAUAGUUGGAUAUGGAAGAUAAUCAGUCGUAGUAAAUCUCUCUCUCUCUCUUUGUGGGUGGGUGUCUGUGCGUGUGUGUGUGCACAUGUGCUUGUAUGGGAUUUGCUUGAAUUAUGUGUUUGUACAUAAGACCAAUGGUGUGUGUAUUAUGUAUCUGUGUCAAUCUUCUCUACAAGGGUGUAACACUUGUCUUUUAUUAAAGAUUUCUUGUAAACAUUAUUUUGCUGUUCUUCUGACAACAAAACCUUCACGUGAACUUAGAAAAAGUUUAAUAAGGAAAGAUGGGUUUGUUCCUUUGUGUUGGCAGUCAUAAUGAUCAUUUUCUCUCAUGACUCAUUUCUUUGGCGACGUGUGAAGGAAAACAAUGAUUUGCCUGCUGGCCAGUUACUUUCAGAAUAAAGCUUCAAAUUUACUAAAACUAAAAUAACUAAAGGUUUUGCUGACCUUUUUUUCCGGAAACAGCCGCCAUGACAGAAACAGCAUGGGUGGAUCAGCUCUGGAAGAUAAGCCACAAAUGGUGCAUUAAACUACUCCUUUCCCGUCCAUUUGACCCACAUGCACGCCAGGCAUAAAUUUGCCAACGAUCAUUUUGAAAUGAGCAGGAAAAUCACUGAUUUGUCAUUUCUGGUUCAUUAGAUGCCGUCUGGUCUAUUCUGCUCUCCGGUCCAGGAAAACAUAUUACUGGUGGCUUGGUGUGACUCCAAUUGAACUAUUUUGGCAGCCGGAACAGGAGAAGUCCAGUUUUAUGUCUCUGUCUCCUCGUGGAAACACAAAACAGACAGACCACCCACCAUUUAAACCUCCAUUUAAACUCACACUUCAAGUUAGUUGUCUAGUUAUUCUAUCAAUUUAAAUGUUAUUGGACAUCAAGAGAAAUGUAUAAAUGUACUUAAUUUACUUCUAUUGGCCUUUGUUCUUUUUGUCUCCUGCUGUCGUUGGACAAAAUAUCCAGCUUGAGAGAUAAAAUGUGUCAAACACAUAAUUCAUAAAGGAGAUGAAUUCUGAUUAGAGAGCUGUUACAAGAAGAGAAGACACACAUAUGCAUGCACACAUGCAUAUUUAUCUUUUGAUGUUGUUCUGGGUUGUCUCUUUAUCGUCCAUCCUCCAGGCAAACUCAACACAAGUGAAUUAAGUAGUAUUAAUUAGUCACGUAUGUGGUUUUGGUCAGUCAAUCUUCUCAACUAGCUCUCUUUCUAAAGUGUUGAACUUUUCUUUUAACUCUAAUCACACCUUAUUCUUAAAGAUUUAAAAAGAAUGGUCAAAAGAGAGUCAGCAUUCAAUAGAUAUAUAUAUUUUUUUAAAGCUCUGAAAACGUUGGAUACUACAAUUCCCACAAUGCAUAUUUCCCUUAAACCCAACUGCCUGGUAAACCCACAUCUUUCAUUCCCAAUGCCCCAAGUUUGUAACACUGUCUCCAAGCCCAAGUAAAAAUAACCCUUGAGACAUAAUUAGGGGUCAUUUUCUCAGACUUGAAAAAAAUGACCCCUAAUGAUGACAUAAUACAACUGUCUUCGCAGGCUGGGUACUCACGACUCAAUGACCUUUCAUGUGUAAAAUCAGUGGAAUUCUUACAUUAAAUGUGUUCUUACUAUAAGAUGUUAAACUCAAACUUGUUCUCAGAAGCGUAAUUAAACAAGACCACACAAACAACAGAAAAAACACAUGUAUCUUCUCAAGAUAGAGGAGCAUCGCUGGACUAACAAGGAGACAUGUGGACAGACACACAGGGAGACACAUAGACAGACACAGGGAG